AAAUAAAAGAAGAAGUUGUUCAUUUUGAAACCUCCAAAAAAUUGUUUACCCAAAUGUUUUUAUUAUAAAUAAAAAUGGAAACGUUACCGGGAAUAGCUGUAGUUAGCAGUAGUCAAACUAGACCUAAGUCUCUUAUCAAGUUAAUUACAAAGCUACAAAUUAUUUCUGAAACUAGUGAUAAGCCUGGUGUUACAAAACAUUGUUGGAAUAUAGAUACCAAAUAUUAUACGGCGCGAGUAAAUUUUCUCGAAAUCGAAACUACCGACGCGGAACAAGAUGAAGACCUAAUUAAAAGUAUAGAGGCUCUAAUUAUACACAUGGAUUCCAACAGUGAAACCGGAUUAGACGAUUUGAAAAAAUGGAAAUUUUUGGAUGUAUGGAACGCCGAUGUUAAGUUACUUUUAGCAAACUAUUGCACAGAAAACACCAAAAUAACUAAAACUCGAGCACUAGAGUGGUGCUUAAAAAUGGGAUUCGAAUUUAUUGAAUUGUAUCCAACAGUUUUGAAACAAGACGAAGACGAAAUAAUCACCGAGAAAUUCGGCGUUGAGAGGGUAGUAGAAGCUCUACAUUCACAUACAUGGUCUAAUUUAGUGAUGAAAGAUAAAAAAAAUAUAAAAUCUGUUGAAUGUAGUGAUACAAAAAAAGAUAACGGUGAUGGGAAUGAAAAGAUAUUACCAAAUGAUGAAUUGGAUGAUUUCGCUGAUUUAUUUUCUCAAUUACAAACGAUGAAAGACAGCUUACAAGGAAUGCCAGUAAACCAGAGGAAACAAUGUGCCGAGCAAAUGGUUACAGCGUUUUGGAAAGCCAUUGGUGGUGAAGAAGAAGAAAUAUUCGACUAAUAGAAUAAGUUACCUAUGUAUAUAUAUUAAAUAUAUGUCAUUAAUUAUAUAAA